UCCGCCGUGUCUCAUUCUCGCCUACCAAGACGCGUACUGUUGGGCCGUACGCUCGUUUCCAUAUUGUGCUGUUUUGUCACUUCGCAACUGUUCACGGUUCCGGCCGUAUUCGCGCUAGUGAUGGCUGAUAAAUUGAUAUUGUUUGGUGUCGUCGCCCUAGUAAGCUUACUGCAUCUUGCUCAUGGCGCGUUGGACCACGACCUCUUGCGGUUGUACACUGCCAACAAUUUGACUUUCAGCUGCCUUCCGUAUGUAUCUAAGGAGACGAUUACAGCCUGUGAUUGCAUGGCGUGCAACAGAGACACGCCAAACUUCAAGGAUCGUAUGUGUAAAUUCUUUGAAGAAGCACGGAAGAAGGGUAAGGCCGAUCACCUGAACGGGAACUUGGUCAACGUUUGCACAUCGAAAGCAAUCUGUCCAAAUAUUCCGAAUCAGUGUUGUAAUCCAUCGGAUUCGUCACCGAAAUAUGGCAAAGGAUGUCCGCUAUGUCUUCCGGCUGCUAAAUCCCAGCCAACCACGAAGGGACACAACCCCGCUUGCCUUCUAGCAGAGUACGAGGCCGCACAAACGGCACCGCCCAAAGGGGCUAACUGGAGAGAUAUGUAUGAGGCUUUUGAUACGGCAAUGCGUGAAAUUGGACUUCAUCAAAGAUGUGCAUCGUACGCGUUGUACAAGUCUGCCAAACUCUGCGACUGUGAAGAUUGUCUCCAAAACGAGCAAAACCUACGGGAGAAAUGGUGCAGGGUCGGCGAAAAGAUUCGAGCAAAUGAACAGCUGGGUCGCCGCGGAUACAUGAUUAAUACAGACUAUUUUAAAAAGUUCUGUGACAAAAAGUCGUGUCCUAUAAUACCCAACAAAUGUUGUGCUGCACCUACGGCACGUGACGAACUAAACCCUGUCGAUCGACGCGGCUGUCCUACGUGCAUCCCAACUUCAACGACCUUCGGUUUUGGACCGCGUUGCCGUAGAGAAAUCACCGAUCUGCCCCAACCUAUCAAGCUUGACAUUUUUAAUCUCCAGUAAACACGCCUCUAUACAAAAAAAUACCAUGAACUAAUAAACAAGCAUUUUAUAGCUCUAUUGUA